AUGUUCAAGAAGUCGAGCAAGCCGAAGAACGUGCGGAAGCGGCAGCUGCUGAGCGAGGACCAGGACCGGGACAGCAGCAGCAGCGGCGGGGGCGACGAGGACGCGUCAGCAGGCGGGAAUGGCCCGCCUAAGUCGAAGAGUGCGCGCCGAGCCGAGGGCAAGCUCGCCUUCAGCUCCGCCUCCUCUCAGCAGCGCGCAGCGCGCGCCGCAGCGGCGGAAGCGGGGGCGGACGGCGCCGCGGAGGGUCCCGCGAAGCCAGCAGUCAGCUUCGCGUACGAGUCGGACCGACGCGUGCAGGUAAAGGGCGUGCCUCGAGACGCGCUAGUUUUGAGCUUUUCCUCCCUUCCCUUUCCCCUCAUCUUUCCUCUCCUUCCCCUGCAGAUGGCAUCGGACAGCCGUGCGACGGCGACAAUAGAGACGGAGACGGAGUUUGACCGCGACUCGCGCGCCAUCCGCGAGAAGGUGCUGAAGCAGGCGGAGGAGGCGCUCAAGGGCAGGGCGCGCGAGGGGGGUUCCGCUGCUGCUGGCCCCGCAGGCCCGCCGGGGAGCAAGAAGGAGGUUUACAAGGGCAUGGCUGGCUACGCAGACCACACGGCAGGCUUCAGGCGAGAGCACACAGUGGCGAGUGAGAAGGCAACGGGUGCACACGGGCCCCUGCGUGCCUCCACACACAUCCGAUGGUCCGUGCGGUUUGACUACCAGCCGGACCUCUGUAAAGACUAUAAAGAGACUGGCUAUUGCGGGUACGGGGACUCGUGCAAGUUUUUGCAUGAUCGUGGAGAUUACAAGGCGGGGUGGCAGAUUGAGAGGGAGUGGCAGGAGAAGGAGAAGAGGAGGAAAGAGGCGGCUGCACUGGGGAUGUUGGAGGAAGGGGAUGGGGGAGAAGGGGAGGAGGAGGAAGAUGAUGAUGACGAUCUGCCGUUUGCGUGCUUCAUCUGUCGGCAGUCGUUUGUGGAUCCGGUGGUUACGAAGUGCCGGCAUUACUUCUGCGAGCACUGCGCCCUCAAGCACCACUCGCGCAACAAGAACUGCUUUGUGUGCGAGCAGCCGACCCAGGGUGUGUUCAACACGGCACAUGACAUCAUCAAGCGUGUGAAAGAGCGGGCUGCCAAGGAGGCCAAGGACAAGGAGGAGGUUGCCAAGGGAGCGGGGAGCUCCAGACCAGAAGCUGCUGGUGGUGAUGAGAACCUGCAAGCAGAGGAACCCCAAGCAGAGGGUCUUCGGCAGUACGAGGACGAGGCGAGGCGGUUCUCCAUCCGGGUGCCGGCGGCGUGGGAGCAGCGCGACAAGGCGGGCGCGACGGCGCUCUUCGCGAACCCCGAGCGGCGCGGCGACACCCUGGGCGUGGUGGUGAACCCCGUGCGCGUGCGAUCCCUGCGCGACUUUGGUGACAUUGACUACGUGGCGACCAGACUGCUGGACGCAGAGCGACGCAAGGAGAGCACCAAGAGCGCGGAGAUCUUGUCGCAGAGAGUGAAAGAGCUAGCGGGAGGUAUCCCGCUGUACCAGAUAGAGUACGCACUCGCCAGCACCAGAGGCAGCAAGCGGAUACUAACGGCAGUGACUAUAGCAGAUAGGAAGCUGUACAUUGUGAACAUUGCAGUGGCGGAUUCGGAGAGUGAGCCCGUGGAUCUCGCCACCCUGGGAAUGCUCCGCAGAGCUCUGGACUCGUUUGCCCUUCUGAGCUGA